AUGGACACUAGAAAUACAGUGUUUUUUCUGGAGCUGCAGGUUCUGGUGUCACCGCUGCAGGUUCUGGUGUCACCGCUGCAGGUUCUGGUGUCACCGCUGCAGCUGCUCAGAGAAAACACACGUCUGGAUCUGUGCCGCAUGAGUUUAACUGAAGCAGACGAAGAAGAGAGACUGGACUACAGCGGCAGAAGAGAGACUAGACUACAGCUGCAGAAGAAGAGAGACUGGACUACAGCUGCAGAAGAAGAAGAGAGACUGGACUACAGCGGCAGAAGAAGAGAGACUGGACUACAGCCGCCGCAGAAGAAGAGAGACCGGACUACAGCCGCCGCAGAAGAGCAGAGACUGGACUACAGCUGCAGAAGAAGAGAGACUAGACUACAGCUGCAGAAGAAGAGGGACUGGACUACAGCUGCAGAAGAAGAAGAGAGACUGGACUACAGCGGCAGAAGAAGAGAGACUGGACUACAGCCGCCGCAGAAGAAGAGAGACUGGACUACAGCUGCAGAAGAAGAGAGACUAGACUACAGCUGCAGAAGAAGAAGAGAGACUGGACUACAGUGGCAGAAGAGAGACUGGACUACAGCCGCAGAAGAAGAGAUACUAGACUACAGCUGCAGAAGAAGAAGAGAGACUGGACUACAGCGGCAGAAGAAGAGAGACUGGACUACAGCCGCCGCAGAAGAAGAGAGACCGGACUACAGCCGCAGAAGAAGAAGAGAGACUGGACUACAGCUGCAAAAGAAGAGAGACUGGACUACAGCUGCAGAGGAAGAAGAGAGACUGGACUACAGCUGCAGAAGAAGAAGAGAGACUGGACUACAGCUGCAGAAGAAGAGAGACUGGACUACAGCUACAGAAGAAGAAGAGAGACUGGACUACAGCUGCAGAAGAAGAAGAGAGACUGAAAUACAGCCGCCGCAGGAGAAGAGAGACUGGACUACAGCCGCAGAAGAAGAAGAGAGACUGGACUACAGCUGCAGAAGAAGAAGAGAGACUGGACUACAGCCGCCGCAGCAGAAGAGAGACUGGACUACAGCUGCAGAAGAAGAAAGACUGGACUACAGCUGCAGAAGAAGGAGAGAGACUGGACUACAGCUUCAGAAGAAGAAGAGAGACUGGACUACAGCUGCAGAAGAAGAAGAGAGACUGAAAUACAGCCGCCGCAGGAGAAGAGAGACUGGACUACAGCCGCCGCAGAAGAAGAGAGACUGGACUACAGCUGCAGAAGAAGAGAGACUGGACUACAGCUGCAGAAGAAGAAGAGAGACUGGACUACAGCCACCGCAGAAGAAGAGAGACUGGACUACAGCUGCAGAAGAAGAGAGACUGGACUACAGCUGCAGAAGAAGGAGAGACUGGACUACAGCUGCAGAAGAAGAGAGACUGGACUACAGCUGCAGAAGAAGAGAGACUGGACUACAGCUGCAGAAGAAGAAGAGAGACUGGACUACAGCCACCGCAGAAGAAGAGAGACUGGACUACAGCUGCAGAAGAAGAGAGACUGGACUACAGCUGCAGAAGAAGGAGAGACUGGACUACAGCUGCAGAAGAAGAGAGACUGGACUACAGCUGCAGAAGAAGAGAGACUGGACUACAGCUGCAGAAGAAGAGAGACUGGACUACAGCCACAGACUCUCUGUUCUGUGUUUAAAUGUUUUUUUCCACAUCACUGAGAUCAGACGGCUGUAA